CAGCCGUCCUUUCUGGCGUUCAAUUUCUCUCCAGCCAUUAGCCGUGCAACACCUCGGGGGUUCCGUGCGACCGACCAACUCGCAAUCGAUACAUCUGCAGAGUGUGGAAAAAAGUAUUCAGCAAAGUGAGGAACUUGGUCAAUCGGAGUGAGACAGCUAAUCUGUGGAGAGAAGAGAGAAGCUCUACGCGGAAGCAGAAAGGAAAAGUAAAAGAAGAUAAAGUGGUUCACUAAAGCGUUGGAACAAAAUUUAUCGAUUGGUCAUUUUUGUCUGAUUCGGAAAAACGGAAAACCUCCUGUGUCUGGCAGGAGGGAGAUAACGUGGAAACGGGUCGUGGUAAUUUUUUUUCCGCGAUGUGGUGAACAGAAAGAAGAUAGUGGAUAUCAAGUGUGCUUGAAGAUAAUUUUUUUUUCGUCAGAACAUUGUUCCUCGAGAGCUUUGAUAGUGCUGAAUUGGAAAACAUAUAAGAGAUAAUUCGCAAAAGGUGUUGAAAGCGUGUGGAAAAUGAUCUCAUUUAUUGGUUCGCUGAACGCCUACUGCGGUGUCUGAUUGAGGGGGCGCGAGAGAAAAUCGAUAAGCUCGGAUUAUAUCGACUGGGUGACGAGCAGACAGGAAGGGUCGACAUUCUAAAAAUUACCUCACGUAAUACAUACGAAGCAAAAGCAAACAAACAGCAAGACGGAUUGCGUCCACUAAUCCAUAUUGAAGUACAACCAGUUUUCUCCUCCUUUCGGGAAAAGCAUCGAACCGAGGAAUUCAACCGGCCGACGAAGAUUUGUGACGUCCCACACUUUGGCACCAGCUGUCAUCGCAGCGCACUUUCACUGUUUCCCUCUCUGUCUCCGUCUCUCGCUCUCGCUCUCGCUUUGAGGUGUGCAGUGGAGAUUUUCUUUUUCGGUGUGUGACCUGUCCGUUCAAGAAAACCAGCCUUCAUGAUCGGAUCAUUUUGGAAUCUGUGUAGAGCGUGCCCUUCAAUGCCUGUAGAUAAGCUCCACUCGGAAUACAGAAGCACCUAUCGAUGGCACGAGUACACCGGAGGUCCCGAGGUCGUUCGCAAGCCACCUGUGCCAAAUCAGUUCGCCAGCUCGAAGGUGGAUCACUUUUUCUCCAAAUCAACGGAGGAUGAUAAGUUUAUCGAAGCUUCGAUCAACGAACCGCCCCUGCCGAGGAGGAAAAAAUGCCCGGAACUGGCCUACCGGUCACAUGAGUUCAUGUCGAACCGGGGCAACGAGGCACCGUUGUCGGCCCAGCAAGGUGGCCACGAUAGGCCGGAUGCCGCUACGACUCACUCACGUGCUAGGUCUGAAGAGCGUGGAACCCCUUCCCGUCGCAGUAAAUCGGAAGGACCGCCAGGUGUCGCUAACGGACGGCUUCCGACCGGAACCGGAAUCGCUAACGGAACGCACGAGCCGGUCUCGGUCGAGAGCAGGGCGCAGGAACAGGCGGGUGAGUCUAGUGGCCUAUUCAGAAAAACUAUUAGCAAAUUGAGCACAGAGUAUCGCCUGCAGUUCGUGUGGCCCCACGUGCGCAGAGCGCUCAAGGUGGUCCCGGAUGGUGUGGAUUCGGUAAUCGAGCUGCCGCGAAAGUCCCUCUCGAUGGGUGCGAUCAAGGCGGCCCAGGCUGCAGCUACCGCCGCCAGCCAGACAGUGCCCACCGUGCAUAAAAAACGAACCGCAAACGAGCGAGAAGCAAACGCUCACGAACUGGAACCGCUGGUGAACGACGUCGAGGCCGAUAAGCCGCAGUACGAAAAACGCGACACGGCCACCGUUGGUGAACAUAAGCUGAAAGCGUACAAGACGGAAAAGGAACGGUACGGCUUCGAACCGGAACCGGACAGUGGCGCCGGUGUUCGGGGCGAUGCGGCGAUGGACAACGCCUGGUACAAGGAAGUGCUGGAAUUGAGAAAGAAGGCAGGAGAGUACAGGCAGAACCGCGGGUGGGGCGUGGAAAUGAACCCGGAGUUGUUUACCAAACAGCAGGAGCUGUGGGACCAGGUGUCCAGAAGAAGCUCCUUAAGUGCUCUGUCGCUGGCCUCCAGCGUGAGACCGAUCACCAAGGAAGAGAAAGAAAAGGAAAACAAUAAGAAGAGUUCACCAACGAAGCCGCAUGCCCGUGGCAGAAUUCCCGGCAGUGCCCGUCCGGUCGAAAUAAACAGAACUCUACCGGAUGGGUUAGCUUUCGCCCGUAGCCGCAAGGACAACAUUCGGCACCAUUUGGAACGUACCACAGGUCCGGAUAUGGAAGAAGGUGCCCUACUGCCGUCGCCCACCCGGGAGAAGCUAAUGCCAGCGAUGCCACGAUCCAAGGGGGACAGCCCUCAGCGUGGAAGCCCCCAGAAGACGGCACUGUCGCGGCAUGGAAGUCCGCAGAAGGGAAGCCCGCAAAAGAGUAGCCCCAAGAAGAUGUCCAGCAAAGAUCUUUCCAUUGUAGGCCGGUCCCAAUCGGUAGGACCCACCGUAGCAACCGAUGCCAGCGUCGGCAGUGUCGGUGGUGGUUCACCCAAGAGACAAAUUCGUUCCGGUAGCACUGCCACUGCCUCUACUGCUGCCUCGGCAGCCAAAGCGCACAGCAAGAAGACGCCUACUACGGCUACCACACCAUCCCAACCGGAGCGCCGGCCCAGACCAACAACCCUUUCCACCACCAUCAAUCAUUCCCGCUCCAAGAGUAGCACUCUAUCCCACGUUGGUUCCACCAGAGUGCAUUCCGCUCCUCCCAGUAGAUCCCUGGUGGCUACCAAUAACCUCAUCAACAACAAUAACAACAACAACAACAUUACCAAUAACAUCAACAGCAACAAUAACAUCAACAACAACAACAACCUUCCCAUUCAGACCCACCCGACACCGUUGCCCACCAAGCCCGACCUGAGCAAUAACAAUUCCCUUCCCAACAACCAAACCAUCGCAUCUUCCAUCACGACAGCCUCCUCGCAUCCUUCACGCGCUAAGCUCACACUCGGUACAAAGAUUGGCUCGCAGAAUCGGCCCAGAACGGCCAGUAGUCACGCUGGCAAGGCGGCGGUCGUCGAUUCGUUGAAAAAAGAUCCGACGCGCAAAUUCGCAAACAGCAAAUCCGAAUUGGGAACCAAAGCUGCCGGAAGUAAGUAGCGCUUUUCAGAAAAA